AUGCUUGGAAGGAUCGUACAUUAUGGCGUAGAUGCAGUCGUACUAUCUGCACUAUUGGCAGGCGUCAAAAGAUCAGCCGGGUUAACAAUCGAUACCGAGAGAUUUCCAGAUCCAACAAGUAGGAGUGUAGCAGAGAAAUACCUAGGCGUGGGAGAAUUCAUCUUUGAUUCAACGGUUGCUGCUGCACAUGCAUCAAAGUACUUUAUCCGAAGUAACCCAACAUCGACUGCACCACUACCAUCAGGAAUCGAUAAGUUCGAACAACCAAAGCCUGCAUCGAACUCGUGGUGGAAGUGA